AUGGAAGCACUUUCGAGGGGUCGAAAUCACAUGCUCUCUACCAGUUGUAUUGAGGAGAUGGUGACUGCAUCUCUGGCCUCUGACAGCAGCCCUGUCAUCCUCCAGCUGCUCGAGUGUAGUGAGGAGCUCAAUGCAGACAGUGAGGUGUUCGACCUGCCUUACUUCAUUCUAACAUUAUUGGAUGGCACAUCCUUUGUGACGAAGGUGGUGCUGCACACCACUGUUGUGCCCAGGCUGCACAAUCAGGAGAUUGAGGUGUACGACAUGAUCACUUUGACAUCAUAUGAGAGGCUCAUGGGUCCCAGGAACUGUUGGAUCUCAAUACCUCUUGCUUUCCCUCAUUGGUCAAACAUUGUCUCUGACUGGCAGGCAUACCACCAUUCUCUGGGCUAUGCAACUGCCCUGUAUGAAUUCCACUAUGUCUGGCCCCAAGUUCCACAGUCUGCCCCCCCUCCCCUGACAAUGCAAGUCACCAUGAUUGGCAGGGGGGUAGUGCCCCCAGACCUUAUCACUCCCAUGCUUCCAGUUGUUCCCCCACCCCCAGUGCCUGUUCCCACCCAGGUUGACCAUCUCCUCCUGAUUGAUGCAAGCCUGGAUUGUAUUGCCCUGUGUUAUUAUGCGUGGCACCCUACCCAUGUCCCUGGGAUCAUGGCACAGCCUGCACCUCUGCCAGUUGUACCCCCUGCACUGGGUACAGCACUGUUCAUUGGCCCCAUUCAAACAUGCAGCCUCAAUGUCACCAUCAGGAUCACAAGACUAUGGAGCAAGGACAAGGGAACAAUCGACAUUCUCUACCAUGAUUUGACAGGUGAGAUCAACCUUGUUGUGUGCUGUGCUGUCCAUGCCAAAUUUGCUGAUGUUGAGGUGGGUAAGGUAUAUACAAUAUUCAAUCUCAAUGCAAUUGCAGCAGUUCAAGAGUACUGCCAUUUGUUCCACAGGUCCCAGCUCAACUUCCACCAGCAGCAAAGUGAUAUCACUGAGGUUCCUGACAAUGGGACAAUACUGGAAUAUCACUUCAACAUAUGCCAAAUUGUCCAAAUCCCUGAGCUACCAGAUAAGAAGUGUAUUGACAUGCCCUGCAUCAUUGCCAACACUAGCAACAUCAUGCAUGGGAAGGCACCAAGGCAUGCAAGCUAUGCUCACCAAAAGCAGGGAUAUGCUGCUGGUGCAUGGAAAGAUGGCAAGCUGGCCCUUCUCAAGAACGUAUGCAUCAACAAGCAUCAUGGCCUUUCCCUCAAAACAGUGUCUGACUACAUGAAGAUUGUGUGGAACCCUGCAAGCAUUCUGGGGUACACUUCUAUGGUCACCUGGUGGGACUUUGCGAAGGAAGAUCCUACAGUGGCACCUCUUGAGUGUUGCCUGCAGUGCAGACGGCGCAGCCUCUCUUGCAACUUGCCAACAGAUCACUCUUCCCUCUCUUCUUACAAUUGA